AUGAAUGGAAUAAUAAUAGUUGUUUUAUUGAUUGGUGUAAGUUAUGGACUUCCAAGACUUGAUGAUGCAUGUUGUUUCCAAAGUAGUGGUGAUAGAUGUGAGUGUAAUAAAGUUUAUUCAUGUCAUAUUCCACCAACAUAUUUUGGUUCUGAACAAUAUCUUCCACCAUGUCCAAAUAGUGAAUGUAAUGACAAUUGUGUAUUUAGUGGUUUGUUAAUUAAUUAA